GCGCAAGAUCCGAGGAGGCAAAACAUGGGCUGACAUCCCUACAGCUGUUACCAUAAUACUGGUAGAUCAGCCAGGCACGUCGAGGUCUUUUUGCGGCCUCUUAUCGUUAGAUCCGCUCGCGGACCGCGAAUUGCAGUGACGGAUGUCGUCGACGUUCGGCUCCAUUCCGUAUCUCUUUCUUGUCCAGCAACGCCUCUUCAAACGCUCCUGCUACCAUAGACAGAAUGAAUUUCAUAGGCUUGUGGUCUUUAGCCCUCUUGGGCAGUCAGUUCACUUCCGUCAUCGCCACUCCUCUUCGUGUUCCGCAAGUUCCUUUUGCUGAACCAUCAUUACUCCCUCAAGACGAAACGGUCCAAAAAUGGACGUCUCAAGAUGUAAAAGACCAGGAGAUGGCCAAGCUCUUGAACCAAUAUGCUCCGAUUUUUAAACUAUCUAAAGACGAACGAUAUUUUCCUAGCUCAGUAGAUUAUAUGCUCCCACAUUAUAGCUUUAUAGAGGAUGUUUCAGGCGACACAUACCCUGCUAACCACACUAUUUUAACUCCAUGUCAUUUAGACACCCUCCCUUUAGCCGGAGCAUAUUUGUUUCUCUCAAUAAACGAACCUCAUAAUCCCCAGCCAUCUCUACUUGAAAAAGAAUCGCAUUACCUCUAUGGUCCUGCAGGCCAAGAGGAAGAAUUGGAGAAGAGGAAGAAAAACAACGAAAGAGGAAGGAUAGAAGAACCAGUAUACGGGUUUUGGGUCGAUCAAAAUAGGGGGGUUGUGGAUCUGUGGUAUUGGGCUUUCUACCCUCUCAAUUUUGGGAAGCCAGCAGGUCGCCUCGGAAUACUAGGUAACCAUGUCGCCGACUGGGAGCACUUGCGUGUGCGGAUUGUAGACGGCGUGCCCGUGUCUGCGGAUUAUAGUACGCAUGAAGGCGGACGUCUUAGUGCAGGGACAGUCCGGUGGGAGGACGUUGAAAAAGUCCAUGAUCGACCUGUGGCAUAUGUAGCGAUGGGCAGCCAUGGAGUAUGGCCAGAACCGGGUGAUCAUGUUUAUGCCGAUCUGGGGAACAUCUUCAAGAUUGUCGACAAAACCGACGACGAAGGUCCCAUCUGGGAUACUUUGGACAACGUUAUCCCCGUACGCUACUGGGCUAAUGCUCAUGACAGGACGAGAGUGAGACAUGCUGGUAAAGAUAGUUGGAGGAAUUUUAAGGGCCGGUGGGGUAAUAAAGGAGAGACUGAUUGUUGGUGGCACCCUAUCACUGGGUUUUGCCAGGUUGUUGAUGCUCCCCCUGGGCCUAACCGUGAUUUCGGCGUACCUCCCGAGUGCAUUGUCGCACCCCGCGCUACCGAAUACUCAACAUAUAAUUUUUACCUAUCUUCCCACGCCGUUGAAUGGGCUGAAGAAAAUGGCAUCACAAUGGUCGAAGUAGAACAAACCUGUGAAAGGCCUAGGCGAGGUAAGGGUGAUGAUGAUACGUCGGUCGAAGAUGUAGAGACUUGGAGCACAAAGGGAUCGAUUUUGUUCAGAGGCAAGGACCAACAUUCAGCUCAUUUGCCCGAGUGUAAGGGCGUUCAGAGCUCAGUAAGAGGAUACAGGAUAUCUUUAUGCCUCAUCAACGGUCAGUGCUUGACUACUUCACGUGAGAGACGGAUUUGUUCGUAUGAACCGGGAGAAAGGGGCAAUAAACCUGGAGGUGCGGUGAUUGUGAACGAUAUUGAUGACUGGAGAUGGAACUAUUGAGACGUUAUACAGUACUCGAGAACAGAUAUAUUGUAGAAUACAAGUGUAAUUAUAUUAGUAAUGAGACGAACGCCCAUGAUACGUAGGUCAAUAGAUUCAUGACGAGAGAUGAGUAGUAUUAUGCAUUUAGCAAUCCC